AGUGGAAAGGGUGUGAGUGUGUCCGCGCGGGGGGCGAAGCGCGUCCUCUUAUUCUCGUCCUUCCUACACAAGAAUGAAGGAAGAAAGAAGGAGCUGUCCAUUUCAGGACCCACAGGCUUCAAACUACGAACAAUGAGCGGGAAGACCUCCAUGUCUCAGUAAUGAACCUUCUUUCUCUGAUACGAAAGAUACACAUUCAACACAGGGACUCUUUUAUCUGAAUGCUGGCUGCAGAGGGAAUGUGCCUUGCAGUGAAACUCCGGUCAAUUGUAACUCAGAUGUACGCUGUAACGAACUCUUUCGAACUCUUUUUUUUUAAUUACAUGCGUCGGCUUGGUAUCAUGAAGAUGUGCAGACCUUUGAGACAGAGUAUAGGACCUGCCUUCUUCUGUUACACUGACCCUUACUGUGUCCAAGCAGACUGCAUCCUUGUCACCAGCUAGAGACAAGCUAGGGAGAAGAAGCAGUUUUUCGGAGAAAAACAGAAAAAAAUUCCAAGAGAACAAGGAAGUAGUAUAUGCACACAACAGCCAGGUUUCUAACUCAAUAGUAUAGAUCAUGUCUCAAGUUGGCAAAAUUCUGCACCUGUAUGUGGAAGUCAGGUCAGUGCCAGAGGAGGGUGGAGAGAUUCCUGGAGAUGUGGUGGGCUCGGACACAGCAGACUUGCCAGAGGUGGAGCCCUCACAGCAGCACAGGCAGAUUCCUGCCUCUGUUCCUUCCAGUGUCAGCAUCCUGUCAGAGGGUGGGCAUGAAGGGAGCAGCAGAAGUCAGAAUACUAGUCCUCCUAAAUCUCCAUUAAAGCACUCUGUUGGUUUCAAGGAGCUCCAGCAGGUUGUCUCAAUGGAGCAGAGUUCUCAGCAGUACAGGCAGAGCCAGUGCUAUGACAGGAUUGAUCAGCUCCUGACAGGGCUGCAUCCAGAAAGCAUGCUCACGCACACACAUUCAGAUUAUCAGCCCUUCCAAACUGGCAGCCAGUCUCCAAGGACAGCCACAGCCCCAGCCACACCUAGCAAUGGGCGCAGGUCUUGCAUAGGAACUGCAGGGGAUGAUGGCUGGCAUUCUCUGGUUACCUUCAGUUACAUAGAGAAGGCCAGUAUCAAGACUGUAGAAAGCCCAUUGAGAAUCGGUUGCUACAGUGGGUCUACUGAUUCUACCAAUCCCUUUAAUACAGCACAAGAUCGGCAGCCAACACCUUCCCAGCCUCAAAAGAAGCUCAGUGAUCCAGUAUGGGUAGAGAACUUACAGUCUUCUGCUAUUUCUAGCCCAAAAGCGUCCUGUUCAGGAUCAGAUGUCCUUGGUAGCAGACAUCAAACAGCCUCUCCUAAAGUCCUUAAAAAAACCUUGACUUCCAUUGCCACAGCUGCUACUAACAGAGCCCUGGAAGAGUUUGGCUCACCCCAGCUGAGACAAAGAGCUGGCAAUUCCUCUGAUAGCCCACAUACUGCAACCAGGUGCACCCAGCAGCCACACUGCCAGUCCUGGGCAGAAAGUCCUGUUCCUGGGCACAGCACCACAGGUAUUAGCACAACAUGUGAAAUGCACCCAGACAGUCCCAGGUCCAUCUGCGGCCUGCCCAGGAGUCCAGCAAGUAACCAGCUUUCCUCCCAGGCAUGCAAGUCUCCCUUAAAAGUGUCCCCUAACCUAGAUGGAUUUUCCAAGUCAAAUCAAGUUAAGUCAAAGUCCCUGACAUUCCAGGACUCAAGGCAGUUAACUGGUGGGGAGAUCCCAACACUUACCUCCAAACUCAACCAAGCUCUUGAGUCGGAACCAGACAAGUCAGUCUCGGCUCUUCAUGAGAUGUCCCCAGCAUGUUCUUUGCAAGGUGCCAGCUUUCAGAGAGUUAGCCAAGGAUCAAAAGACAGUCCUCGCAUAGGCCGUAAAGUGAACUUUAACCUGGGGAGCUCUCCCAGCAGAUCACAUGAAGGGGCAGGUCAUCAAGGAUACUGUAAGAACAUCUCUCCGGUUAACAGUCCUGAAGUAGCCCGUAGAUUAGCUCAAGAGGCUACUAAACUCUCCUCAAUUUUUUUGGAAGCCAGGAACACUCCUUCACCAUCCAUUUUGACUGAUAGCUCCAGAUUAGAGAGCCCCAGAAUGGGCCAUUCAUCAAUAGAGAUACAGCCAUAUCCUCUAUCACAAUUCCGAGGCUCACCCGUGCAGCCUGAGAGAACAGACAGUUUGUACAUUGGAUACCACCCUGGGAGAGUUUCACCUGGUUUGCAGUCAAAGGAUGUCUGUUCACCAAGCCCUUUAAACAGAGAAGAAAAAAACUUUGCAAUGCCACAGAGAGAGCACCCUGGUCAAUAUGGAGGCAAUGUGGAAUCAAUCAACAGCCAUGCAAGGAUACAGAGGUGUGAACUGCCUGAGAGAGACAGUCAACAACCUGACAGACACAAGGCAGGGCAGUGUUCCAACAGCAAUGAAUCCUCCAGAGGCAUCAGACAUCAUAGGUCUGAGUUACUUGGCACAAACAGUCCGAAAUUUCAGAGAUAUCAGGCUGGACAGUUCACAGGAGACAUCAAUUCACACAGCAAGGAUGUGAGAAGAGAUCAGAGAGCUGAUGGAGGAGCAAAAGAUAGCAUAGGUGCCAGUAGUAAAUAUGUGGGACAGUACAGGGGGGAAGCUUAUGGAAAAGAUAAAGAGCUCCAUCAACAGCUGGGAGAUGUGUCAGGGAGGGAGAGUCCCAAACUAGGAUACCAGAAUGUCAUCCCAGCCUCCCCAGUCCUGCUUGCCAAGGAAACAGCAGCUCCGGAAAGAGGAACAGAGCAGUAUGGGAGAGAGGCAGUAAGGCAAGCAAAUGAGGGAGAGCAGGGCUUGUCUCUGGAGGGGAAGGAGGCUGGACCCUUUCUCAGGAACAGAGACAGCGUAGUGUCCACUUUCAGGCAAGAGCAGCAGCAGAGGAAUGCCCCUGGGGCAGAAAGUGAAGAAGCUGGAGUAGAAGUUGCUCCAAAUGGGAAGUCUCUGGCUGUGAUCUGCAUCUCCAGGCCCAUGAGUGAUGCUGACAGAGACAGCGUCUCUCCUGACGGGAGUCAGGCGAGUGGUUCUGUGGUCUCAAAGAUAGAUAGUGUGUCCGGUUCAUUGGGUCCUUCCCUGCAUUCUCAGAGGAUUGCUCGUGCGAAAUGGGAGUUUCUAUUUGGGACGACAUCUGAAGACAGUGCCAGCGCAGGGAGCCAAGUGGCCUCUAUAAUGCCCUCUAGUGGAGACUCCAGUGUAUCACCUCUGGUGCCCACUCCCCCAACAUCGCUUCCUAUGUGUUUUGUUUCUCGUGGCCUGCCUGGGAAGGGCCAGGGAGUGACGUGUCAGCAGCUGGCCAAUCACAACGUGCAGCAUGUAGAGGUCGAACUUGUGACCCCAUCCCCUGCAGAUGGAGCGCGCUCCCCCAAGACUGGCAUCAUCCGACGAACAAUAAAAUACUCAGAGACAGAUUUGGAUGCUGUGCCACUGCGCUGCUACCAUGAAACCAAUAUCGAUGAGGUGUUGGCUGAGCAGGAGGAGGCCGAUUCAGCCUUUGGCAGCAACCGCAGUGUGCUGGGCACCUCUGGUACUGACAAUAGCCCCAUGGGGGGCCCAUUGUAUGAGCGCACAGAUGGGGAGGAGGAGCAAGAAUUAGAGGAAGAGGAGGUGGCAGACUGGGCCAGCGUGCGGAUGCAGGGUGACAGGAAGCGUCAGAACGCCAACCCCGAAGAGGAUGAAGUUUUCAGCUUGCUACUGCGCAGGGUUUUGAAUACAACUCAGCUGGAGGGUGGUGUGUCUGAUUCCUAUCCCUCUGCUCUGCUCCUGUGCAGCCCAACAGAGACUAUGACUGAUAGCCACCCAGCCCUCAAGUCUCCUAUUGUUGUACCAGGACCCCGGCGGCCCUCAGAAGAUGGUCUGGACACCUUCAGUCGCCACUUUGAAAGCAUCAUGGAGUCUCACCGUGCCAAAGGCACCUCCUACAGCAGCCUAGACAGCGAGGAACUGCUGACUUCCAGUCAACCCAUCUUCACAUUUGAUAUCCCCACCCUCACACCUGAGAUCCAGGGCCAAAUCUGUCAGAGCGCACGUCUCAUUGAACUCAGCUUCGCCCCUUUGGCUCAGAGUGAGCUACCAAGCUACUUGGACACUGCCGACACUACUGAAGACUGCAUGCACAGUAGCUCAGACUCCACCCAAGCUCCGUCUGGAGAAGCACUGAAGAGCAGACUGGAAGACUGCACCUCAGGCACCACUUUCAAGUCAGGAGACAUAUGGCUCAACAUGCAAACUACUUCCAGUGAGAAACCAACUGCUCACCUGGCCUCCGAUAUGGACCUGGAACUAGACCUGACUGAGCCACUGUGCCUGGGCAGCACCGAUACUCUCACCAAUGGCAACAAAGCUGACCUGGAGGCAGCCAAGCGCCUGGCCAAGAGAUUAUACAAUCUGGAAGGCUUCAAGAAGUCUGAUGUGGCCCGACACCUGAGCAAGAACAAUGAGUUCAGCCAGAUGGUGGCAGAGGAGUAUCUCCGUUUCUUCAACUUCACAGGCAUGAGUGUGGACCAGGCUCUGCGGGUCUUUCUGAAGGAGUUUGCGCUAAUGGGAGAGACACAGGAGAGAGAAAGAGUGCUGUCCCACUUCUCCAGGAGAUACCACUCCUGCAACCCCAACACCAUACCGUCUGAAGACAGUGUCCACACCCUGACGUGUGCUCUGAUGCUGCUCAACACAGACCUCCAUGGCCAUAACAUUGGCAAGCGGAUGUCAUGCAUGCAGUUCAUUGGGAACCUGGAGGGUCUGAACGACAGACAGGACUUCCCCAGGGAUCUGCUCAAGGCCCUGUACAACUCCAUCAAGAAUGAAAAGCUGCAGUGGACCAUUGAUGAGGAGGAGCUGCGCAAGUCAUUCUCAGAGUUGGCGGACGGCCGCACUGACUCCUCCUCUCGCACCAUGAAGCGAGUCCCCAGCUGUGGGAACCCCUUCCUGGGUGUGGCCCAGCAGCCAGGGGCACUCGUUUACAAGAACGGCUUCCUGGUGCGCAAAGUUCAUGCUGACCCUGAUGGCAAGAGAACUCCACGUGGAAAGAGAGGCUGGAAGACGUUCUAUGCUGUCCUGAAGGGGCUGAUUCUCUACUUACAGAAGGGGGAGUACAGGCCAGAAAAGCAGCUGUCUGAUGAGGACCUGAAGAACGCUGUGUCCAUCCACCACUCUCUGGCCAUGCGAGCAGCUGACUACAGCAAGAGGCCCAAUGUCUUCUACUUGCGCACGGCUGACUGGAGGGUCUUCCUUUUUCAGGCACAGAACGCAGAGCAGAUGCAGUCCUGGAUCACGCGUAUCAACACGGUGGCAGCCAUGUUCUCCUCACCCCCCUUCCCAGCGGCCAUCGGCUCGCAGAAGAAGUUCAGCCGCCCGCUGCUGCCAGCCACUGCCACCAAGCUGUCACAGGAGGAGCAGGUCCAGUCCCAUGAGGCUCGUUUUCGUGCCACCUCCUCUGAGUUAGCCGAGCUGCGCUCCAAUGCUCCUGACCGCAAGGUAAAAGGUCGUGAGCUGGAGGAGUAUCGCCAGAGGGAUGAAUAUCUGGAAUUUGAGAAAACACGCUAUGGGACCUAUGCCAUGUUACUGCGUGCCAAGAUGCGCUGUGGGGAGGAGGACCUGGCAGCAUUCGAGUCGCGACUCUUUGAUGACAACGGGCUCCAGCGUGCGCAUUCCAGCCCCACGCUGCAGCAGGAGACCAGCCAGCAGAGUGGCUCCAAGGGCAAGCGCAGCGAGGGUCAAGGCCAGAGACACAGUUACCGGCAGGCAGUGAAACAGUGAGGCCAGGGAGGGGCAUGGCGCAAGGAUGGCAUUCUCCCCAGUAAGGUUUUCUUCAUAGGGGGGAAGGGAGAGACAGGAUACCAGCAAUGGGGCCUCUCUCAUCUCCCCAGUCUCCUUAGCCAAUAGGAAUGCAGUGGAGAUCAUGUGAGGGACAGAGGAAGUGGGCAACAGUGGAGUGUGUGAAACAGAUUGGAGUGGGGAGAGCAGAGACCUUGGGGAAAGAAGCCAUCGAGAGAAGAUACGCUGGUACUGGAUGUGCAGGCUUGAACUAUGCUGAUGUGAACCAAUAUUAGGCCUGGUUCACACCUAGGUCUCACUUUUGACAUUUUUAAUCGUAUUUCCUUCAUUGGCUUGUCCCUCCUGCCUGUGCUUCUGAAUGAGUUUGGUUUUUAAUUGGAUGAAACAUGCUUGUAAGUCCGUAUGUCUUUGAACUGUUGUUAACUUUAAAAUAAUGGCCAGGUUCAUUGGAUUUAUUUCACUGUAGUCUGGACUGUCAUAGGUUCUUCAGAGACAAACAGAUUUUUUUUAAAACUGUCAUGCACAAUUGUUUGCUGCUGAAACACUUUCUGUGAAGGAGCUGAUGAACACUGAUGGCUGCUGCAAGAAAAGUAAUAGAUAAUGAUGGAGGCCAUCAGGGCUGAGCCCUGAAUCUAUAACCUGUAGAAGCACAUCCACACUGUGUACAGUUGGCAUGUCCUGUUCUUGCUCUGUGUUUUGAUUACAAUGGCGGAGGUAGCUUUAAAGCCUCAAAUCACUUUCUGUGUUGUGGAUUUCGUUCUUUGUAGAACACAAACUCUGUUCCAGAACAAUUUUUUACAAUAUUGGCAGCUCUCAAAGGGCAUGAAUUGCUUUGUGGAUCUGACUGCUGUCAGAUAUGCUGUGGAACUGUUUCUCUGCAGAGUUUUCUCCCUGGAUUUCUGUACCUGCUGUAAGUAGUCAAUGGCACUGGAUUACAAAGACAGGAGUGCUCAGAUCUCGGGGACGAGCCUGGGUUUUUGCUGUAGUAAGACGAGCUGUACUUGUUUUUUUUAUACUCCUCAGGUUUUAACCUUGGAAUGUGAUCCUAUCUCCUAGGACGAGAGGUGCAUGUGCUCUGUUCUGUGGCAUGCUUUUACCAUUUCUCUCUCCAAGUUGUUGUUUUAAACUGACAUUGUUCCAGUUGUACUCAUCCUUCUCCCCGCCAUCCAGUUUGCUUCUUAUUUGUGAAACACUUGUGUGCUACGUUGCUUGAUCUUUUUCUAAUGUCACUGACAGGGUUGCUCCUCCACCUUUCUAGAGACGUACUGAGUGUGUUUUAAAUGAGGUAUGCCAUGAGUUCAUUGUUUUGGAGAGGCUAAGUUAAUGCUGUCCAGGUAGGCUCUGAAUGUAAUUUUUGAGAAUGUAAAAUGGUUGUCUUUCUGUUCUUGAUUUGCCUUUCAAGGAAGGUGCACAUUGAUUCUAAAUGAAGAGAAUGUGUGAAUUAAGAACAAAUGUAUUUUGGGUUAUUUAAAUGCGAAGCUGCAAAUGCAACAUUAUUGUUUAGAAAUCCACCCCCUCCUGAAGACUGUGCACCCAAUGCAGGGACUGGCAGGCAAUGAAAGGAGUGUUGUUAGCAGUCAACAUCACUGUAAGCACACACCGAACACAGUUCUCCACAAUUCUAUUGUGCACUCUGCUGCUUGGCUGCAUUGAUUUUUGAAAGUUUUAGAAGCUCUGCUACUUUCCCUGUGCAUGAAUUGAAUUAUUGUUACUGUUUGCUUUGUUUUUUUUAUCUUAUCCUGCAAAAAAGACAAAGCUUAAAAUCCUUGAAAACAAUACAAUUUAAAGAAUUAUAGGUUAAAGGGAACUACAGAAAUGUUUUUACAUGUUAUGGAAACAAUGAAUACCUUUAAUGUCACAUGGAAGGAUCUUAUAAAAUAGAAAACAGGCUUGUAGCACUAGACAUUUUGAAGGAAAUUUGAAUGUAAAAUACUGUAUCUGUGUGAAUCUCAGAACGGGUAUUGUACUGUCUCACAAACAGCAAAGCCAUUUUCUACUCAGGCCCACUCUGUACAUAAAUCCAAGCUGUAAUGCUAGCAUUCUACCAGCAGAGAGAGCUGUACUACAGGACAAUUGAACAGCUUCAGCCAUAAAAGUGCAUUUGCACUGAAAUGUAGGAGAAAUCAGUUCUGCCAGCACUCCACGGCUUCAAAGAAUAUGCAGCUCCCUGUUUCUGCACCAGGUGCUUUUGCGCUAGGGAAACAGCCACCAUAUCCGAUCUGCUGUUGUCCAAGAUACCAGUUUCAAAUCCUCCAGCCUGCUUGUUCUGCUGAUCUUGUUUUGCAGCUAGAUGAGGAAUGGGGCUGAAGAUACCCUGAGAUGUUGCCCAUCUUUCUGCUGAAACAAGAGAGUGAAAGCUGAACUGUUGGGGGGUGAACAGGGGUGCAGCAGAUGCCUGGGUUUGUGGGCCCAGUGCUCUCCCCUGCCCUUUGAGAGUGCCUCCCAGCAAGGUGUGCUCUCCUCCGAUUUGCAGAUCUCUGUUGUUUCAGCUUUGUUCAGGGAGUGCUGCAGCACUGCUGCUCUUGCAGGAUGUGAGCCAUCCCUUUUCUGCUUUGUAUUGUUUGGAUCUACAGGGCGAGCGACAUUUCAACUGUUAAAAAAAUGGAAGUAAUGGAGUCAGUCUUUUAAGAUGCAGUGCAUUUCUUGUUUUAAGCAAGACUGACAUUUCUUCUUGGAGGCGCUGAGACUCCCAGCAGGAAUUGUUUUAGACUGAAUCAGUAGACCCCCGUGUCCCUGGAGGUGGUCUGACUGAAUGCUGGUAUUUAUUGGGCAUCACUUCCCACUUCACUUCUGUGCAGGGAGGAGCCAUAAACUGUGUGUAAAUUCUGCUGAUAUUAUUGUUAUUGCUAAUAUUAUUAUUCCUAUUAUUGUUAUUAUUGCUGUUAAUUCUUAAUUUUCAUUAUCCUUUCCGGUAUGUGGCUGGUGCUGGAAUGGCCAGAGAGCCAUGCCCCCAACACUGUGCAGCACCCAAGGGGUGGGGUUCCAGCAGGAAGUCUGAAGAGCUGUUCUGAGCCCUCCUGAUCCCUUGCCACAGCCCACUGUAGCCCCUUUCCCCUGUUCCUGAGAACGUGAGACCAUUGAGUUGUGUGCACAAUGCAGAUCACAAAACAUUUCAUCACAGAGUGUUGACAGUGUUUUGUCUUCAAACUUGGUGAUUUCUAUGCGGUGAUUAUUCUGGCAGCGGAGAGGGUGAGGCUGUGAAAUCCUAUAAUGGAGAGGCCUCCUGACACAGCCAGUCUCACUUCACUGCUUGGCUGUGAAGGUGUUGAGCAGCCAAACAGUUGGGUGAUCUGGUUUCAGAUCCCCCCCCCACCCCCCACUACAGAUGCUUUCUCCCCAAUCCAGCCUCCACCUUCCACACAGCUGGAACUCCCUGCCUUACUGGCGCCCAGCUGUUGAGAACAUCAGUUUCAGAACAUCAGCGCUGUUUGAUGUUCUGCCCACUCUGAUCAACACUUAUAGGUAUGUAAAUAAUACAAGAGCUAGCAGCAUUUUUUCCUUUUUACAAAUUCUAGUGCAUUUAAGCUGAAAGAAAGCUUUCUUUUUUUGUCCAUCACUGAAACCUCUUGUAGUCUAUUGAAUCAGGAUUUGAAAGAGAAUCAGAAGUAUAUUGUAUUUUAAUGCUGUUUUAUAUGCAGGUAUUUAAAAAUACAACACAAAAAAGCUGUAAAAUAGAUUUCUGUGACAUCUCCGUUCUAGAUUGCUACGAAUGUGACUGAUUUUAAAUGUUUUUACUUGGAUCAUUUUUCGACACCUGUUAGCUGUUCCUUUGAAGACAGCCUGAAAAGAAUUGACUCUGUAAGAAUACAUUGUUUGUAUAUGAGCUUCUUUUAUGAGGUGUAGAAAAAAAUAAAAAACGUUUUA